CGCCGGGCCGGCGGGCGGCGGGCGGGCGGGAGAGCUGCCAGGCUGGCGGAGAGGACGGCCGGAGUGGGGGCCGCCGCCGCCGCCGCUGUGAUGCUGAGCCCGUGCUGCGCCGGGCGGUGCAGUCAGAGCCCGGGCGCCAGAGCGCCAGCUGCAACCUCGGCACCGGCACCGGCACCGGAGGCGGCGGCGGCGACACCUGCGCCAGCUCCCGGGCCCCGCGCUGCCCUCUGCGCCCCGCCAAGCCCGGGGCCGCCGCCCGGCGCUCUCUAUGGAUGUCAAGGCGGCCCCCAACGGGGUGGCCACCAUCGAGGACCGGAUCUUGCGCAUCACCGGCUACUAUGGCUACUACCCGGGUUACUCCUCCAGCCAGAAAAGUACCUCAAAAUCAUCAGUCCCUCGAUGUAAACCAGGAGCCAACUGUCCUAGUUCACACAGCGGCAUCAGUAGGCAGCUGUCCCCUCUGUCUGUCACCGAAGAUUCUUCUGCUCCUAUUCUUGAACUUCAGAGCCGAGGAUCCUCUGGCAUUUGUGGACACAGAGUUGAGAGGCCGAACAGAUCAGGGGAUGAUGGAACACAGACCAAUCCUGAGAAUAGCAGCCAAGAAAACAGAAUGAAGGCUCGCUGCCUGUCCUGCUCAUCCGUGCUUCUGAAGGCUGUCUGGGGACUCUUGAUCAUCUUGUCAGUGUCAUCGUCUUGGGUCGGAACCACACAGAUUGUAAAAAUUACUUAUAAGAACUUCUACUGCCCAUUUUUCAUGACUUGGUUUUCAACAAACUGGAACAUUAUGUUUUUCCCAGUCUAUUAUUCUGGUCAUCUGGCCACUGCUCAAGUAAAGCAAUCGCCAAUGAAAAAAUUCAGGGAAUGCAGUCGGAUUUUUGGGGAAGAUGGUCUGACGUUGAAGCUCUUUCUUAAAAGGACUGCUCCCUUUUCUAUUCUAUGGACUUUGACAAACUACCUGUACUUAUUGGCUUUAAAGAAGCUGACAGCCACGGAUGUCUCCGCUCUGUUCUGUUGUAACAAAGCCUUUGUCUUUUUGCUGUCGUGGAUCGUGCUGAAAGACAGGUUCAUGGGAGUGAGGAUAGUUGCCACAAUAAUGGCAAUCACGGGCAUUGUCAUGAUGGCGUAUGCAGAUAAUUUCCAUGCUGACUCGAUCAUAGGAGUGGCGUUUGCAGUGGGCUCAGCCUCCACAUCUGCAUUGUAUAAGGUUAUGUUUAAGAUGUUUCUUGGAAGUGCCAACUUUGGCGAAGCGGCACACUUUGUCUCCACGUUGGGUUUCUUCAAUUUAAUCUUCAUCUCCUUCACCCCCGUCAUCCUGUAUUUCACCAAGGUGGAGCACUGGUCCUCCUUCGCAGCUCUGCCCUGGGGCUGUCUCUGUGGGAUGGCAGGGAUGUGGCUGGUCUUCAACAUCCUGGUGAAUGUUGGCGUGGUGCUGACAUACCCGAUCCUAAUCUCCAUUGGGACACUGCUCAGCGUUCCUGGAAAUGCAGCUGUGGAUCUCCUGAAGCAGGAGGUGAUCUUCAAUGUCGUGCGCCUGGCUGCCACCAUCAUCAUCUGCAUUGGGUUUCUGCUGAUGCUCUUGCCAGAGGAGUGGGAUGAAAUCACCCUGCGAUUCAUCAAUAGCCUGAAGGAGAAGAAGAGUGAGGAGCCUGUGGAGGACAUCGCAGAAUCCAGUGUCCACCUGCGGAGCAGAAGCAGGGCCAAUGGGGCAGUAUCUAUACCGCUGGCUUAAGGAGGGACACGUUCUAAAUGCACGUGUCUGUAUAUUCUGUGAAUAUAAUAAAAUUUUCUUACUACCUGUAUACUCAUGUGAUGGUAUUAACUCUGAAUUUGGAUAAGUCAUCUGUGAAAUAAAGCCAACAAUAAAAGUUUACAUUUAUAUGCUUAUCAAGAAAGUGUAAAUAAUCAUAAUAAAAUUUUUUAUUAAAACAUA